UGGCGUGCGAUGCGAGAGUUGUAAUCUGUUUCUGGUUUCCUCUCCCUCCACGAAUCCCAUAACCUCCACGCAACUCACGAAUUCCUCUCGUCUCUGCCUCCAUCCCUUCUACCCUUACCUUACUAUAAAUUCAGCAGCAAGAUUGUUACUACAAAACAAAUCAGAGUAGGAGGAGGAGGGAUUGACCGCCGCUUGCUCUUCCCCGCCGGCUGCGCCCUUUUCGAUUGGUCGGUCGGUCGAUUGCUAUCUCGCUGCCAUGCCACACGCGAUGGCCUUCAAAGUUGCUUCCUUUCUCCUACUCUUGCUACUCCUCACCUGCGGAGCUGCUCAACACAAUGAUUUUGUUGUCCUUGAUCUAGAAACAACUGAGGCUGGGGAUGCUAGCCCACUGUACAAUGAGCGGAUUCCUAUGAUCAAGAUACCUGUAAAUCUUCUGAGGCAAAGCCCACUAUGUUCGGCUUGUGAAAACAUGACAAGUGAAGCUAUCAACCUUCUUAGUGAGAAACAAAUACAAGAUAAGAUAAUGGCAAUCCUUCAUGACACUUGCUCUCAGACUUUCUCCUUUGAGCAGAAGUGUCUUGAGAUUCUGGACCCCUAUGCAACUCUUCUCUUUACAAAAAUUACUGAGAUCAAGCCAGAUGAGUUCUGCAAACAGUAUGGUCUCUGCAGGGACAUGGCUCUUUUAUCUGCUGUGAAAAGUGAAAGCACGUGUGUAUUCUGCCAUCACAUCGUCGAUGAAAUUGUGUCCAAACUGAAAGACCCUGACGCAGAGUUUGAGAUAAUUCAACUACUACUCAAGGAAUGCAACAAGAUUGAAGGUCAUCAGCAGCAGUGCAAGAGGAUGGUUCUGCAGUACGUCCCACUGGUUCUAGUGAACGGUGAGAAGUUCCUGGAGAAGAACGAUGUGUGCGCAAUGAUCCAAGCCUGCGAUGCAGGCAAAAGGAGGGCAUUCAACUUGUUCUCUGCACGGAAGUUGGUGCGUGACGCAUGAAGAAGUGUUAGCAGGAAGGUUACACGAAUGAAGUUGGUAGGCUUGGAAAAGACAAUGAAGUGUUUGCAGCUUGUACAUAUAUAUGAAUUAAUAGGCGCCACCACUCUGUGAAGAGGAUAACCCAACGAUAAUUCAUACCUGUGUGCCUUGUACUGCUAUCUGGAAGUUAAUGUAGGAUCGAACAAGA